AUGAUAGUCAAUGCAACUUUAAAGGUGAAAAGAAGAGGUUUAACAAAAGCAAAUAACAAUGCUUUAAGUGUCAAAGAUUCUGUCAUUUUGCAAGAGUGUCCAAAGCAAACAAGAAGGAACCUCAAGGGAUAUGAAGCCAAGGUUGCAAGACAAGAGUUUGAUGAGGAAAAUAAACUUUUGGUCAUGAUCAUGGAAGAAGAAUGCAACAACAGGUUACAUGCAGAAGAAAAUGUCAUGGUGACUGUGCGAGAAGGAGUUCAGUGCAGCGAAGAAUGGUAUUUAGACUCGGGCUGCUCUACUCAUAUGACGGGGAGGAAGGAUUGGUUUGUUAAAAUCAAUCGUGCCAUGAAGAACAAAGUGAAGUUCGCGAGUGACACCACUCUUGCGGCCGAUGGGAUCCGUGAUGUUUUGAUCAUAUGA